UUUUGGGAAAUUUCGUGGGUCGGCGAUGGUGCACCAAGUCGAGGGCUCGGUCCUCAGCCGGCUCCUUCGCGCCUGGGUGAACGAGCCACGCGGCCGUGUGCUCCUCGCCGGGUGGGCCGUCACCUUUGUCGGCGUGACCGGUCGCGCCGUCUUCCUCCGGCUCAAGCUCAAGGCGCGCCGUGCACUCAAGCCUCCGGCGGAGAAGGACGGCACACUCGUCGCGCCGCCGCCGCCGUCCAGGCCUCCAAAGGCACCCGGCCCGCUCCGCACCGUGCUGCGUCUCGCCAUGCCGUCGUAUUGGAGCCGUUCGGCCGCGUGGCUCGGCGUCUUCUCGCUUGGCCUGGGCGUGCGGCUCGCAGUGUCGGUCAAGGUGUCUUCCGAGAUCGGCUCGCUCGGCUCGUUGCUCGCAAAGGGGGAGUGGGAGGAGCUCUUCAGCCGGCAGCUGACCUACGCGCUCUGGGCGCUGCCGGCGGCCGCCACCACCGCCCUCCAAAAGUUCUCGCGCGAGCGUGCGGCGCUCUGCCUGCGCGAGCGGCUGCUGCAGACAGUCGUGGACAAGCUGGGCGCGGCGGGCGCCGACGCGCCGCUCAUGCCCGCUCCGGAGGGGACGGCGACGCGCAGGCUGCCCGGCGCGCUCGCGGCGGCGGCGGAGGGCAGCGCCGACACGUCGCGCGGCGGCGCAGUCGGCGUGUGCUUGACAGACCCGGCGGAGUUUUGCUCUUCCGCCGUCGAGCUGUACGAGGCCCUCUCGAAGCCGCUGGUCGAGGUGUCCCUCCUCUCGGUCAAGCUGGCUCUCAUGAUGGGCCCCGGCCCGCUCUGCUACUGCUACUCCUUCUUCUUCGCCGCCGGCUGCUGGACCCGCUUCGCCGGCCCCUCGAUCGCGACGAUGACGACGGGCCGCCCCCCCCCGCCGAAAGCGCCGCUGCGGGAGGCGUCCUCGAGCCCUGGCCUCGAGCGUCUGCAGGCGGAGCUGCUCGCGCUGCACUCGCACCUCGUCGAGUACGCCGAGGAGGUUGCACUCAUGGGGGGCGGCGCAGCCGAGGCGGAGGCGCUGCACGCUUCGCUCGCCGCCGCCGCCGGGCGCACCUCGCAGCUGCAGCUGCAGCGCUUCGGUGGCAAGCCUUGCGCCCUCCCCCUGCUCUCGCGCGCGCUCGCUUCCCACCGGCGGGCAGGCAGCCCCGCGGACCUCGUCCUCUCGCACAAGACUGCAGCCACCGCCUCGGCGCACGCCCGCCGCGUCCUCGCCCUCCUCACCUCGCUCGAGCCGGCGCACGCCGAAGCCGCAAACGGCAACGGACCCGCCAAGAAGGGCGGCGAGGGGAUGGCGCUCGAGCUCCGGUCCGUCGUCAUCGCCCCGCCAGCGCUCUCCGAGCCCCCCCUCGCCGGCCCCCUCUCCGCCUCCGUCCCGCGCGGAGCCCACGUCUUCGUCUCGGGGCCAAACGGUUGCGGAAAGUCGUCGCUGCUGCGGGCGCGCGCGGGCGAGGUGUCGACGCCGCCGUCCGACCGGAUCGUCGCGCUGCCGCAGCGGCCGUACAUCCUCCCGACCGGCUGCGGCUCCCUCUCCGGUGGCGAGCGGCAGCGCCUCGCCGCCGCGCGCCUCUACCUCGCGUGCCGCUCCUCCUCCCCUCCGGCGCUGAUCGUCGCCGACGAGCCAACCUCCGCCUGCGAGGCCGGCUUCGAGGAGCGCUUCUUCGCCUUCCUCGCCGCGAGCGAGGCGGCCACCCUCGUCGUGGCGCACCGCCCUGAGCUCGCGCGCCACCACACGCACGAGCUCGCCUUCGACGGCCACGGCGGCGCCGCGAUGCGCGAGCUCUGA